GCGGUGAAGCGGGAGUUCGCCUCUACGCUCUGAUCAGUCCUCCUCCUCCACAUGACUCAGGCUUUACUCUUUACUCCAACAUGAUGUCCUGUGCUGGUAUGGGCUCAGCUUCGCAGGUUAUUUCGCGCAUUGAUGUUGCCUAAGUUUUUAUAAACUGAAAUUAUUCUAUUGCGGCUUGAACUUGAUUUUCAAACGGAAAACAGGAGGGAGUGUCGCUUGAUCGAGUUUUGAUGGACUUCACAGCCACACCCUGAUACGCCCUCGAAGAUUUGAUAAUGGCUCUGCUUUGAUGUGAUGACGGUCACUUUCCAUCACCAUCCCACUGUAUCUUCGUGUAUGCGCAAGUUGCCAGCUUGACAAUAGUAGUAGGCCUUUGAGUGAUGGUGAAUCAGGUAGCCCACCCCACCGACAUCAUGGGUUUCUCUUAACUAUAAUAUGUUUCUGUCUCCAGAACCCAGACUCCAGGGCAGAAGACACCUGGCAUAAAAACUGUUUCAGUGAUUCCUGAGGGGGAAGAAGGCCCCCUGGAAAAAGAGCAAUCUCAACUGGGAUCAAAGAAAGCAACCCACCUCUGUGACAAGAUAAGAAAAGCAGUCAUGCUCGGCGGUGAAGGGGAGAGCAGCACCUUCUCUACUAUGAAGGAAGCAGCGGAUGAUAGACGCAAGUCUCCGGCUGUGGAUGUGGAGGACCCGGCUGCUGGCAGUAGGUACACAGAGCACGGGAUGGGUACAGACCGGUCCUACUACGUCCCUCCUACGGUUUCUAAACAAACCCAAGAAAUCCCGAGCCCCUGCUCUUUUAUUCCUUAUAGCCCCAGUGGGACAGUUUACAGCCCGUCCAGCGCCGGCAGGUACCCCUCUUCUCUCCACUUGGGUUCCGUGUUGCCUCCCACGGGGUUUCCCCCCUCCACCGCUGGCCGCAGUCACUUCAGCCCGGCUUACCAGCUCGGGCAGAGCCCCGGUUGCAUUUAUCCGCCCUAUACUAGUUCAGGGUCGGCUCUCAGCAACAUAACUCUACCCAGCGCCGGCCCGGGGAUGAGGGCCCAGGUGUACCUCUGCAACCGGCCGCUGUGGCUCAAGUUCCACCGGCAUCAGACCGAGAUGAUCAUCACCAAGCAGGGCAGACGGAUGUUUCCGUUCCUCAGUUUUAAUAUGGCUGGUCUCAACCUGACAGCGCACUACAACGUGUUUGUGGAGGUAGUGCUGGCGGAUCCAAACCACUGGAGAUUUCAAGGUGGCAAGUGGGUCACCUGUGGGAAAGCGGACAACAGUAGCCAAGGCAACAAAGUCUACAUCCACCCAGAGUCUCCAAACACAGGGGCCCACUGGAUGAGACAAGAAAUCUCCUUCAGCAAACUGAAACUCACGAACAACAAAGGAACCAGUCAUAAUACUUCACAGAUGGUUGUCCUGCAAUCGCUGCAUAAGUACCAGCCCAGGCUUCACAUCGUGGAGGUGACGGAGGAUGGGGUGGAGGACAUUAGCGGUGACGUGAAGUCUCAGAGCUUCACCUUUCCAGAGAACCAGUUUAUAGCUGUGACCGCCUACCAGAACACUGAUAUUACUCAGCUGAAAAUUGAUCACAACCCUUUUGCCAAAGGAUUCAGAGAUAAUUAUGAUUCACACUGCCCUUCCAUGACCUCAAGUUCAUACGUACAUGUAUUUUCCAGGAUGUACACAGCACCGGAGAAUGACCGCCUCACACCCUCUCCAACUGACUCCCCCCGUGCCCACCAGAUUGUCCCCGGAGCCCGCUACGCCAUGCAGCCCCUCUUCCAGGACCAAUUUGUCAACAACCUUCCCCAGAAUCGCUUCUACAACAGUGAAAGAGCAGUGCCACAGACUAACAGCCUCCUCUCACCUCAGACAGAAGACGCAGCUUCACAGAGAUGGUUUGUCACCUCCAUGCAAGGGGGGAACGGCACUAGCACCAGCAACAAGCUAGAUCUAACACCCUAUGAGGGGGAAUACUCAAGCUCCCUGCUUCCUUAUGGUAUCAAAUCCCUGUCCAUGCAAACAUCUCACGCUCUCAGCUACUACCCAGACUCUCCUUUCACCACCAUGUCUGCAGGGUGGGGGUCCAGAGCUGCAUACCAGAGGAAGGUUUCUCCCAGCCUGCCUUGGUCUACCAGGCCCAGUCCCACCACUGGUUUCCCAGAAGACUUAAACAAAGUUAAAGCACAGAUAGAAGAGGAUGUGAACGGCAGUGGAAGCCUGAUCUCCUCCUGGACAGAGACACAGCCAUCAGCUCUGUCCUUAGACAAGGCUGAUUCUUAUUCCACGACCUGCAAACGAAGGCGUUUGUCUCUCAAUGGUCCCAGCACAGAGGACUCGCCCUCUGACAUCAAGUGUGAGGACAUGACCUCUGCUGCCACUAACAGUAGCUCCUAUAUCAAAGAAGCCCCCUCAUCCAAAGGCAUGGCAGCUUAUUAUUCCUUUUACACAAACCCUUGAAUGGUUUGUCUCUGAUAUGUUUUGUCUCACAUUUUGGUUGUUCUUCACCUGCCACUUUUAAUAAGACAUAUUAUUUUGCUUUUUUUUUUUUUAAACUAUGUGCGGGCCCAAAAUGUGUCUUGGUGGUGAUACAUCUAGUGAUAAUAUAUAUUAAUAUUUUCCUUUUUGUGGUAACACAGGAAAUAUCAACAUUAAAAUCAUGAUCAAAAGUCAAGGGGCAUGUGAGGCACAAUAAGCAUCCUGAGUUGCUUAUUCCCUCUUUACUCCAUCUGUUCCCCUGGACUAUAUAUUUUUUCACAUCUCCAUUUAUGUAACUCUGUAUUUGAAGUUUUGAAAGUGCCAAAGCAUUUGUUUAAGUUGCUUUUUUUUUUUUUACAGUGUUCUGUAUGUUUCAUUGUGCAUACAUUACUGUAUCUGCCUUAACACUGAGGAUAUGUGUUUACAGAAUAUUUAUUGAAGGCCUGUUGAUAUGAAAUUUGUGCUCUCAUAAAUGUGAUGAUAAUAUGCUGUACUGCCUUCAUUGCAAUGUUUAGAUAUUUGAUAAUAAAAGGCAUAUGUGUUUCAA